AUGGGCUUUAUCGAUGAUGAAUUACAAGAAGUGUCAAAACUUUGUCAAAAUGUCAUCGAUGGUAGCCGUCUCGUCUCCUGCGUUCGCACCAUGGUGCGAGUGGAAAUAACAAGAACAAAGUUCAAGACGAUUAUUGUGUGCAUUCAGUUCCCCGAGAACUAUCCUAGCGAUCCGCUGUUGAUCGAAUUAAAGAGCAAAACGUUGUCAGUAAAGCUCCUGGAUGGUUUAACAGAAGUCUGUGAAAGAGAAUGCAAAAAAUUGCUAGGGAAAGCUCAAGUUCUACCGAUACUGAAGUUCAUCCGUAAUUUCAUCGAUGAAAAUCCUUUGAUUUGUUGUUACGAUGAAAUAUCAGCCGUAAAAAACAUAUUGCAAAACGAUGAUGAGUUAAAAUUGAAGCAGAAAUAUUCUUGUAUCGGUCUCAAGGUUCAAGAGGGAUUGUAUUAUUUCAAGGCAAAAAUUGAAGUGUCUGACAACUAUCCAGUUACAUGUGUGACAAUCGAAGAUGCAGAUACAAAUUUCCCUCCACUGUUUACCCGUCAUUUCCUUGGCCAAGCAAGAGAAAUAGCUAGGCAGUGCGUGGAGCCACCCCUCAGGAAAAAAUCUCAAUCUCCCUUUACACCGUCGCCGUCCUUAAAGAUUGUCGCUUCCUUCCUUAUACAGUCUGUGAAAAGUUUGCCACGAGAGCAUUGUCAGUCCUGCAGGCAGACAUGUCUGCCAGCCAACCCAGAGAAUGCAGAGAGAAACGAAACCGCGGACAUGCACGUGGAAAGACUCUACUGUGGACACUUGUUUCAUCUGCAAUGUCUUGUAAAAUACAUGAAGACACCUCCCUUCCAUGGUGGUAAAAAGUGUCCAACUUGCAAGCAACGUAUCUAUCACGAAAAAUGGGGAGUGAGCGACAGACUCGCAGAGGCACGUUGGGCCCAUCAACAGGCCAGAGCAAGAGAGUUAGCUGAGGUAGAGGAUUUCUUUAAUUGAAAUCUAAACCUCAUAAGAAUCGAAUGACAAGAAACGCGAAGUUGUCUAUAAAGAACAUUAAUUUACGUGCGUUUAACAUUCGGGAAAUGUUAAGAGAAGGUAUUUUUAAUACCGUGGAGUCUGCUGUUGCAAACACUUAUAUUUAUACUGCACUUUAUAACGACAGUUUGUUUAUAACAUGGUGCUGUUAAGUUAAACCAUUUGUGUUUUCUAUUCCACUAAUAUUAUGAGAUUUUGUAAUCGAUUUUUAUAUCUGAUCGAUGAGUUUUUAGAACACCAUACAAUCGUCACGAAGUGAACAUUAAUGGCUCAUCAUUUUGUAACUUUCAAGUUCGUUUUCUAUUAUACGAAGUUUGUAUUGGAUUAAACUAAUCGACUAAGGAAUACAGAUUAAAGUGUUACUUACUAA